AUGGCUACUCUGGGCCCAGGCACUCUCCUGAUUCAUGAUUUUCUGGCCGUCUUUACUGUUGCGUCCAGACCCCUGAAGCCACGAGCCUCCUAUGAAUUUCUGGAUGUCUCUGGCUUGGCCAAGGAUGACAUCGAUGCUGCUGUCAAGACCAUCCUGUGCCGAGAAAACUACGUCAUAAAGGAAGUAGACAAGUAUCUGCAGCACCAAGACUUUUUAAAUGAAAGAAGGAGAGAGAUGCUGCACAAGAGAUGGGUUGAGAACGUUGCCUGUCCUCUCCAGCAGAAAAUCAUUGACAAAGUCGGUUCCCCCAGGGAUAUUGAAAAGAGGAAGCGCCUGGAGCUGGAUGACUACUUGAAGUUCAAGAAUGCCAUGGGUUAUGUAUCUUUAGAAACCUACGAUUCUAAGACAUAUGAUCCCUUUUACAUGAUGAAUAAGGACCCGUAUUAUUUAAAGGUCAUGGUUCCACCGUUCCUUGAUCCUCUGUUAAAAGCCCAACGAGACCGGGACCAGGAGAACAGAGUGCUCCUUCAGUGUGAGAGAGGAAAAACAUACACGCUGAAGAUGUUCAGAGACACCGAGAAAGCUGAACUGCUGGCCAGGCUGCCCCAGUCAUCCCUCACCCGGCAGAACAUAGGCCCCAACGAUUGGCUCGCCAUCUCUGCUGGCUACGUGGAAAGUGACCUUUGUAAAAAGUCCAGGUUAAAAGUGAAAGUGGAUCGUAACCGGAUCAGCUGGGCCUUGAGAAAGGCUUUCUACCCUUCCGAAGCGGAGUCCGAAGAAGAGGAGACCGUCAAAAUGGCCCAUGAAUCGUUGGACUGUUUUGAGGCUCAGCUUCUUUUCCUGUCGUGGGAAUCCCAGCACCCGCCCUCCUCGAGGAAGGCCCGUUCAGAGCGCCUAGGGAAGGGGGAGUUGGUGUGGUUAGUCGUGGCCAGCACAGCUCACGCCACGGAUGAGGCACCGCCGCCCGCGUCCUCUCUGCGGCUUCCUACUGCUGGAUGUGGCAUCUCGUGGUGCCUCCAUUCUCUCCCCGGCAGUGGUCAGGAGGCCUCCCUCAGCUCUCAAGACAGCACCCCGAGUCGCAAUUACUGGGCUGACUCUGCGGGCACAUCCGAAGCUCGCAGGGCCGCCGCUAGGGGCACCACCUGCCGCUGGAAAAGCCUCCCGGAAUUCAGCGCCCUCUAA